AUGAGGUGCCAGCAGUCCUACGGGUUCAUCCCGUGCACUACAACCGUGCUUGGAAACCUCUUCCUGGUGCUCACCUACGGGUUCUUGAUGUACACUGGGGCCCAGUACCUGUCCGACGGGAGCGAGCUGCUGCUCGAGAUCCUGGGUCCGGGUCUCGUCGGCGGCCUCCUCCUCCCCAUACUCGGUGCCCUUCCUGAAGCGCUCAUCGUGCUCGUAUCCGGCCUGUCCAGCAGUAGAGACACAGCGCAGAGUCAGGUCCUGACGGGGAUGGGGCUGCUUGCUGGUUCCACCGUUUUUCUUCUCACCCUGUUUUGGGGAACCUGCGUCGUUGUGGGCAAGUGUGACAUUGCGCCAAACGGUGUUGCAGUGGAUUCAGUUCACUCCAAGGGCUUCAGCUUGACAGAUAACUUGGCUGAGGGCACCGGCGUGUCGACUGAUUUGACCACCUACCUAGCACGGAUCAUGGCGAUAUCAGUUGUUCCCUUCAUCAUUGCUGGGUUUCCGAAUAUGAUGAAGACCCAUCAUCAUGGGCAGCGCCCAGCUAUCCUGCUGGCCCUGAUCGUAUCAUUCUCGCUCGUGCUUUCCUACUGCUCGUAUCAGGUUUCCCAUCCAUGGAUCCAAGGGAGGAGGCUGGCUUACGUGAAGCACAAGCUUCUGAUCUCCGGGAUCCUGAGGCACGCCCAAAUGCAGUCGCUCGGUCGGCUGUGCAAUGAUGAUGGGACGCCCAAUGAGGAUGUCAUAAGAAAGUUUUUUCGCAAGAUCGACAUGGAUGAGAGCGGUAUGCUAUCCCGAUCCGAGCUGCACGCCCUCCUCGUCGGGAUCAACUUUGGGGAUGUCGACUUUGACAGGGUGAACGCCGUCAAUCACGUCAUGCACGAGCUCGACGAGUCUCGCAAAGACAUGGUGAAUCAGGAGGAGUUCGUCGCCGGGAUGAAAAGAUGGAUCAACAAAGCCAUGAGCAGCGAGGCAGCAGCAAGCGGCGACUCCUUCAAGUUCUUCAGAGAUUACCACGAGAGGACUUGGCAGGAGUACGCCGAGCUCGUCGGCAGGCCCGACGAGGAGGAGGAGAGAAUGGAGGACCCCGACCCGGAUGGGUGGUUGGUCGCCAAAGCCGUAGGGCUCAUGCUCCUGGGCACUGCCAUGGCUGCCGCAUCCGCCGACCCGCUCGUUGACGCCGUCCAGAACAUCUCCAAUGCCACGCGCAUCCCGCCCUUCAUCGUCUCCUUCGUCGUGCUCCCGCUGGUGACCAACUCCAUCGGCGAGCCGGUGUCCUCGGUCAUGUGCGUCAGGAACAAGAGGAUGCGGACGGCUUCUCUCACUUUCUCUGAGCUGUACAGCGGCGUGACCAUGAAGAACACGCUGUGCCUGGGCGUGUUCCUGUCGCUCAUCUACGUCAGGAACCUGGCGUGGGAGUUCUCGUCAGAGGUGCUCAUCGUCCUCCUCGUCUGCGUCGUCAUGGGCCUCCUCACCAGCUUCCGGACGACGUUCCCGCUCUGGACCUGCCUCGUAGCCUACACACUGUACCCCCUCUCUCUCGUCGUCGUCUACGUCCUCGACCACGUCUUCCACUGGUCAUAGACUUAAGAUCGAUUUCUUAAUUGGCGGU